GCAUUCAUUUUCUACUGCUACCGUCACAGUUGUGUUUCAGUUGCAUCACUCGAUACAAUUGGCUGGCAAACACGUUUUCUUUACACUGUCCCUAUUGUCCGCGUAAAUGCGAGGCGAAACAUGCUUUUGCUUGUCUAUCGGCAUGCAAUUACUGCCACUUGUAUCGACAUUCGCGGAAGUGACUUCGUCUACCCAGCACGUGUGCCUGACCGAAUCUAUAAUUUCGGGAAACAACCGUGCAAUUGCAUCCGUUUAUCCGUAAUUUUCUCAACGAGAACCGUGUCGAAUUGAACGAAAAUAACCGACGAUAACGUGACAGGGUUAAAGUACACGGUAUGCAACGAACUUCGUACGACACAAGCAACUUCGUGACUUCACCUGAGAAAGUUUUACCUAUUCGUUCGUGCGAAGGGACAUGACUGAACCGCCGUUACACGAAUGGGUCGUACCCUUUCGAGAAUUGUUGAACGUUCAGAAGAAUUAUUUAAAAUGCAGUGGUAUCUGGAUAAUAGACCCAAAACGCUCCUCAUUUCUACAAAGUGCAUACCUUCUGUACAAAGGAUGGAUGCUGAGCGCGAUGUACAUCUUCGCGAUUACUCUGUUCGCGGAUAUUUACGACAACGUAGAUAAUUUAUCAAUUACCACCGACGAUGGAUGCAUCUUCGCCGGGAUGCUCGUGGUGAUUUUCAAAGCGAUGAAUUAUCAAAUUCGACGGAACAAGAUAGCACGAUUCGUCAGUGAGACGUUGAAGUGCGUUGAUGAUCUCUCCAAGUUCUCCAAUGCUAAGUAUGCGAAAUGCAUCGUCGAAAAAUACCAAGUACGCAACAGGGUACUCUUCUACGGGUUCACCGUGCUGGGAUGCGUUUUGGGGGUCGCUCUGUUAUUUUGCUCCCCGAUGGAGAACGGUCUGCCGAUCCGAGCAAAGUACCCUUUCGAUACAACCAAACCGUUUUGGCACAGGAUAGGUCUUUUCAUCGAAACCUGCGCUGUUUGCGGUGGUCUAGUCGCAAUUAUCGCUAUGGACAGUAUUACAGUACUGACAUCAAGUAUCAUCACCAUGCUGCUUGAUAUUCUGAAUUUUAAUUUUGAGAAUUGCAGCAAUCGAGCUUCGAACGAUGUAAAGGGAAGAUCAUCGACUGCCAGAUCAAAUUUUUCAAUAAUUCUAACAGAUUUUUCUUUUGCAGGAAGACGAAAUUCGCACGGAGCUCGGCUGCAAGGUCCAACCCCACGCAAGGAGAACAAAUAACAUUUUCUUAUACCGAUACAAAAUCUGUCUUCGAUUUCAUCAACGACUGGUGUUCCUCAGCAAGGAGUACAAUCACAUAU